CCGGCCGGGGGAGACCGCUGCCGCGGCUACUACGACGUGAUGGGUCAGUGGGACCCGCCCUUCAACUGCAGCUCGGGCGCCUACAACUUCUGCUGCGGCACGUGCGGCUACCGCUUCUGCUGCCACGACGGGCCGCGGCGCCUCGACCAGAGCCGCUGCUCCAACUACGACACGCCAGCCUGGGUGCAGACGGGCCGGCCGCCCGCGCGUGCCCGCGACGCCGCCGCGCCUCGGGACCCGGCCCGCGAGCGCAGCCACACGGCCGUCUACGCGGUUUGCGGCGUCGCCGCCCUGCUCGUGCUGGCUGGCAUCGGGGCGCGCCUGGGCCUGGAGAGGGCACACAGCCCGCGCGCGCGGCGCACGGUGACCAGGACACUUACAGAACUUCUGAAGCAACCUGGCCCCCUGGAGCCACUGCCUCCACCGCUGGGCCCACCCCUGGGUAGCUGUGUCCAGGUGCAGAUGGGUGAUGGCCUCCCUCGGGGCUCCCACCACAACAGCACCGGCAAGAAACGCCCCAACAACGUGCCCCUGGGUUCAGCGACACUGGGACCCCAGUGCGCCCCGCGGUUGCAGGGCGGUGGUAGCAUGACGCUGCAGCCAGAAUACACCAAGUACGCCACUCUCAAGGCAGCCGCGCUCAAGGCCACAGAGGCCUCCCCGCAGGACUUCUAUCAGCGUUUUCCCGUGACGGAACCUGCCCGCUGACCGCCGGCGCGGGCCCGGCGGUCCCCGGACUUGCCCGCGCUGCUCGACACCUGCCCCUGCCCACCGGGCUACGCGCCCCCGCCGGCCCUACCCCAUCGGGCCACUACAAAGCCUGGACCCGCCUCCCCCGCGCCCCGGCGGCCGGGCCAGGCGCCCCGGCGCCAGUUCAGCGUGGAGAAGCUGCCCGAGGCCUUCAGCCCGCAGACCCCCGGCCUUUAUGGCAACGCCAGCCGUGGACCCAGGCACUUGAGCACCAACAGCAAAGCCGAGGUCACCGUGUGAGGACAGGGCCGCUGGUUCUCCAGAGACAUUGCAUUGCGGGAAGCCCUGUUUCCCCCUGGGGUUUGCCAGCGAUUGGUGUGGGGGCCCAGGCCACCGAAAGGAGGGGUGCCGUGGGAGGCCAGCCCUUCUGCCUGCCCAAACUGGACUGGGAGCCAGCAGGGCUAAGAAGAGGCCUACCCGGUAAGGCCUGCGGUUCUGUCCUGGGGGCUCUAGGGCCCGGUUUCCUUGCGUAAAUAAACCCUUAUCCGUGGCUCCCAUCCCUGAGAAUAAAGGAGCCCCAGCGUGGCUCUGAAAGGCGCUGAUGAAAGGAGGCUUUGGUCAUUGACUAGACAGACGGCAGUACCAGCAGAGGGCACAGCGUGUGCAAGAGCAGAGGACUGCUCCCGAAAGCUGGCGGGCAAGUGUUCUGGGAGCCAGGGAGAAGCGGCUGGAGAGGGUGGUCAGGGCUGAAUGCCAGGCUUAAUGUCCACACCAGUAGGAGCCAUGGGAGAGAGGGCAGUUAGGCCCCAGCCAUCUUGAGGCUAAUUAAGUACAGGAGGGCUGCUGGGUCCCUGAGGGUCCAUGUCCCUUACCAGUGCUGAGCCCCUCUAGCCGGUCACCCACUCUCCAGCUUGAGGUGGCUGAGCCUGUCUGAUCCUGACACUGUCUGGCCCUGGGCCGGCCCCUGGCCUGCAGGCCACUUGGCUAGCUUGGCCCAGGGCCACCCUCCUGAUGGAUGUGGGCAGUGGGCCGGAUGGACAGCUGGUGCUCGGGAUGGGGGAGCCUCCUCCCAGUAGCUACUCUAGGGGAAAUGAGUAUAGGGAUGCUGGACCCAGAGCCUUGGCAGUGCCCCCAUUGGGGUGCUCACCCCACAAAUGCUUGGCAUUGCCAGCUCUCCUUUCUGCCAGGCAGGCUCCUAGCACCUGGCUGUGGCCCAGGGCAUUGCCAACAGCCUACGUGCCUCAAGUUUCUCUGCACCAGACACUGAUGGGGAGGUCGAGGGCUGGGUUAUGCCCUCAUCGUGUGACCUCAACAAAGCCACCCAGUUGGGCCUAUUUCCCUCCUGUGAAACCUAGGCACGGUAUGUAUACUGUUUUAAUAACAGUGGCCACCAUUUGCUGCUAUUUCUUCCACUUAAUCCUCACUGAAGUCCCAUGGGUGUGUGGCUUUACAGAUGAGAAAACUGAGGUCUUGAGCCCUAAGUAUCUUGCCAAGGUCACCCAGCUGACUCCAAUUUAGGACUCUUCCGUAUUCCACUGCCACAGUGAAUCUGGUGGUGAAAUGGCAGCCACGGGCAGUCUCGGGGAGGAGGGAAGGUUAUGAACAUGUCUGUUGGCAGGGAGGGGCCCCUGCUUCCCAGGGCACAGGCAGUCUGACUGCCCUCCUGCUGGGUGGGCUGCCCUGAGGGCCCCCAAACCCACCAGCUCUUCACUGGUAUGAGGGUCCACCUUGCUGUUUCUUAUGGCUAUUGAGGAAACCAAGGCCCAGAAACCCCAGGACAGAACAUAGCCCAGAGCUCACGGCCAUGCCUGCAGUGAGGACCCCCAUGGCUUCCAGUGGAGAAGGCCCUCACACCUUCAACCCAGGAUGGGGGUGGGUGCCCCUGGGACUAUCCUGCAGCUGUACAGAGCUGGGGGAGGAGGGUGGGUGCUGAGUCAUGGAUCCUGCAGAGACUCACAAAAGGAUUGGGUUCCUGGGCACACAUCAGCCACCCACAGCCACCCACCCCGGUGACAGAGGCCCUGGGUGGGCUGUGCUGGGAGGUAGACGUGGCCUCUUUGCUCAUUCUGAGUCCCAGGGGCCCUGGAUCUCCAUCCCAGGGGGCCAGGCUGAGGCCACAGGUAUGGCCUCCACUGGGAAUGCUGCUGUAAUAAGUGGACAGGGACCAGCUACAGCUGCAACCCCCACCUCCCCCCGGGCUGCUCCGGCCUUGGGACAGUGUAGCCUGCUGUGAAUGCCCUUCAGAGAAGGGAGUGGUGGCUCAGAGAGCUGAGGGUACUUGGCCCAUUUCUCAGCCCCGCCAGAUCACGGACCACAUGCACUUCAGCCGCCAGGCUCAUCCCUAUGUGGCACUCCUGACCCCACCUCCCCACAGGGUCCAGCAUUCUCCCAUCCCAGCACUCCUGGUGGUCUGGUUCCUCACUAGCCUCACAAGGCCCUCACCAUAAACUGGCAUUUUAUGCAUGUUGUAUCAUUCAAACUGGCCAACAGGCCUACAGGGACUUGGUCAAAGGCAGGGGCUGUCAGCCCCAUUCUGCACACAAGGAAGUGGAGGCUGAGGGGCUGCCCUCUCCCUAUCCCCUACGGGGCCCAGCUGGGAAGUACAGGAGCUGGACUUGGAUGUGACUUGCAGGCCACAUUCUCAGUUUCAAUGCCUCCAGGGAGAUGGGGAAACCAAGGUGUGGCCCUCCCAGUAGGGGAGAGGUCUCUCUCUAAAGGGUGAACACAGAAGGGCUUAGCAUCCCAAACCCCAAAGAACUGCUGCUGUCUGCUCAGCAGUCAGCUCUGUGUCCUGCCUACAGUGACCUCUGACCCCAGCAACACCACCAGCACCCGCUUCAUCCUAGGCCCACCCCAGCCCUGGAGUGUUAGCCAAACAGCCGGCAUUGGAAGGAAGGAACCAGGUGUGUGGGCAGGCAAGGAGGGUCCAGCGGAGUGAAGCCUCCCAGGGGCCUCUCAGCAGAGGGAGGAGCUGUCCUCAGUCCCUGACCCCCUGGAGGCCAAGGCAUGCAGCCACCUGGCUAGUCACCACAGCGGUCACGCCACAGACCCGCACACACCUCACGCUGGGUGGUACCAAUCUGUGUUUAUUGAAUAACCUACAUCCAGGACAGUGAAUGAUUCCACAUCAAGGAAGCCACAGGUGUAUCCCCCUUUUUAGUGA